AUGCCCCUCACCGAAGUCGUAUUCCCAGUGUUCAAGCUGGACCCCGAGACCCUGGCAACUCUGCAAGCAGCCACACCCACACUAUUUUCGACUAUCAAGGGAGUUCCGGGCCUUUUGAAUUUCUUACGGGGGCCGCUUCUUGAGGAGAAUGGUCAAGCUGUUGAUCCAAGCACACACAGAAGUGUACUUUCUCUUGAGUGGGAGAACGCAGAGUCUUUCCACGGCUUCUACCCAUCCUCAGACGCCUUCCUGGGCUUCAUCAACAUCGUCAAGCCAUUGGUCGCAGCACCGCCUAACCCUCAACUAUUCCAGGCCGAAAACCGAUCGACGAGCUGUCUAUCCUCGAGCCUCACGCAGAUUAUCAAGGGCAAGGCCGCCAGCGGGACGGAAGAGACGUGGAAGAAGAUCGAGCAGCUGCUUGGGGAGAAAAUACCCACGUACCAUGCGAACGGAAUUGAGAAGGAUGCGGCUGAGUUUCUGGGCUUGAUUGGCUGGAAGAGCAAAGAGGAGUAUGAACAGUUUGGAAAGCAGAAGGAGUUUUUGGAGUUGGUUAAGCAGCUUAAUGCUGACAAUAUCCUUGUACAACUGACCAAGAUUGACGUUUAG